UUAUGGUCUACUGGUUAUUAUUAUAAAUGUUAGAUGUAUUGUUUUCACCUUUAACUAAUAUAUGGAUUUAUUUUUAGAACUUGCCGGAGAACAUGUAUCAAGUUAUGGUGCAACGCAUCCCAACUCUUCAUUUCUUGAUUUAAGUAGCAGCAACGAUGAGGAGGAGCGUACAUCUCAUAAAAUUCACAGGAGAUCAAUGUCUCCUGUAUAUAGCUCUCCCUUACGUCUCACCCCUCCUCUUUCUACUCCUGUCGCACUCAUUCCCCCAUUUACUCCACCUCUUCCAGGAUCCAUUUUAUCCAUUCAUAUACCAGAUUCCUUCCGGGUCAGAGAGACUGGAUCAAGGUCCGAAGAAGUAACCACUGUGAGAUCUCCCCAGGCAGGUCCCUCCCGGGUCAGAGAGACUGGAUCAUGGUCCGGAGAAGUAACCACUGUGAGAUCUCCCCAGACAGGUUUCUCCCGGGUCAGAGAGACUGCAUCAAGGUCAAGAGAAUUAACUACUGUGAGAUAUCCCCAGGCAGGUUCCUCCCGGGUCAGAGAGACUGGAUCAAGGUCAAGAGAAUUAACUACUGUGAGAUAUCCCCAGGCAGGUUCCUCCCGGGUCAGAGAGACUGGAUCAAGGUCCAGAGAAGUAACUACUGUGAGAUCUCCCCAGGCAGGUUCCUCCCGGGACAGAGAGACUGGAUCAAGGUCAAGAGGAUUAACUACUGUGAGAUCUCCCCAGACAGGUUCCUCCCGGGUCAGAGAGACUGGAUCAAGGUCCAGAGCAGAUCCUGGCUGGAGAAGUAGAAUGGUUGAGACUGGUUCUCAAAGAGAAUUGGGUACAAUGACGGUAGAUGAAGAAAGAUUUGCUUGACAUCAGCUCUAAAUAAUCGAGCACAGGAAUGAAGUGUACCUCAGCAAAUUGAAACAAUGGGUUAGUAAAAUACCUUGUUUUUCCAGG